AUGCGUCGACUGUUUCCGGAUGAGUAUACGUUCUAUCCGUCUAGUUGGUUUAUUCCGGCACAACUUGAUGCAUUCAUCAAAUAUUGCAACAAAUGCGAAAAAUCUGAAGACAGUUCGACGUCACAUCACAAUAGCAACUGGUAUAUUGUCAAGCCAAAUGAUGGAGCUCAGGGAACAGGGAUUUAUCUAAUCCAAAAACCAGAGCAAAUACGGAAACCUGAAGCGUGUCAACUAAUUCAAGAGUAUAUUGCGGAUCCUUAUCUGUUGAAUGACAAUCUGAAAUUUGAUUUUCGCAUAUAUGCUGUCAUUAAAAGCAUCAAUCCAUUGUCAAUUUAUGUUGCUCGCGAAGGUAUGGCACGAUUUUGCACGGAACAAUAUACCACACCAACUUCAUCAAAUUUUGACAAUUUAUAUGCUCAUUUAACAAAUUAUUCAUUGAAUAAAGAAAAUAACGCUUACAUUCACAGUUUAUCCUUACGAGAUCAGAUCAAAGGAAGUAAACGAUUGUUGUCCACCGUUUUUCAUCAAAUGGAGACUCGAGGUGUAAAAAAGCAACAGUUAUGGCAUAAUAUUAAAAUAAUAAUUGUUAAAACGGUAAUUGCAAUGCUACCUGAGAUUAUUCUCAAUUACGAGCAUUAUUUCUAUGAUACAAUGGGUCUGCAAUGCUUUCAGAUAAUAGGUUUUGAUAUACUGAUUACAAAAAAUUUGAUACCAAUAUUGCUCGAAGUAAAUUCAUCUCCCAGCUUAACGAUCGAGCAUGAUAUUUUGUAUUCGUUUGAUGAUAAUAAGGAAAAUAUUGAACCGAUAAGGGUACGCUCUAUUGUGGACGAAGUCAUUAAAAUUCCACUGGUAAGAGAUACAAUUCUUUUAGUUCUCAAUUUAAUCGAUGAUGUUUAUUCGACUCAGCCGUUAGUUAAUUUAAGACGUUCGAGUAAUAGCUGUUUUCGGAAAGCGAUGGAUGAUAUGAGUGAACUUGGAGCAAAACGAAGGUGUCAUCUAACAGAGAUUUUUCCAUGCCGCUAUGGACAUAGCAGUGGACAUCUGCUAUUCUUAGACAAAGCUGUUUAUUUAUUUAUGCAAUUUGUGAAUUUGAAACAGACAACAGUUAUGACAAUUUCCGGCGCUCGAAUUUUUUUAAAAAAAUGCAGUUUGUUAGAUGUAAUUACAGUGGAGGAAAUGGAAAUAAAAUUUGUGGAAAUUUAUAAAUAUUUUACGAUAAACGAAUACAUUCCAUAUGUUUCCGGUUUAUCAUUUCAUGGCUAUCUAGAUCUUCUCUAUCACAUUGCUCAAUUGAAAUUCCCAUUUUCUUCAUACCUAUCAGAACAAAUGCAACAUUUGCUUGCAUACUGUGAUUCAUCUCUCAGAAGUAAUGGCGUGAGAUCUGCACGACUGAGACGUGUACAAAUUAAUCACGAAAACUGCCGAAAUGUUGAAAUUUACUUGCUUCCAUCACGAAUACAUACGAAACGGUCAAGCCGUCCUCAGGCGCGCUUGAAACCAACCGAAUCAAUGAAACUUCAACCACGAUACGGACGAUCGCUUCCACGUACGUUAAAUAAAAUGAUUCCAAAAGAAGCUUCAAUAAAUUUUUUUGUAAAUCAGAACACUAGGAAAAAAAAUGAGUUGAUAUUACCAAGGAUACAACAACCUUUUCGUUUUUAA